GCCUAGCAACCAUUGUGAGUUAGUAAACAUUCUAGUGCGACAAACAAGGGGAUACAAUUUGGCGGCAAAAACAUGUAUUUAUCAUCCGCAAAAUUAUAACAUUUCCAGCUUUUAUAAUGUCACGAACGAGAGAUCCCUUUCCUUUUCCUAAAACUGAGAACGACUACUCAUUGACUGGGGCAAGGCAAUGUCAGAAAGAGCCAUUUGAUAAACCAACACACAUAGCUCAAAAUGACGAACCGUGGAGUCGUCUAAAUGACAGGGCUACUCUAGCCAGCAUCAGAAGGAAUGUCCGGUAUCAUGACCGGCAGGCACCUAAAGACAGCCUAGACUUCCAUCUGAAGUCAACCUAUGACCACCAUCAAGAGUUCCUCCGUAGUAAGAACCAGACCUUAUACCAGAGGGAGACUGUUACUGACGACCAUGGGAGGACUCUGAAGAACCGUGGAAAACAUGAAGCCCCCCUGUGUGAAACCGAGAAAGAAGUCAAAGUAUGGAUGAACUCACAGAAGUCUUCCAUCUACAGCAUUGAGGGAACAAUAGAAUCUCACCACAAUGCCUCUACUAACAGGGGAUACUCCAGGAAGCACGAUGGGGGAUUCUACUCCACCUAAUAAUCCCCUCACACAACUCACACAGUGAACAAUGAACAUCACUCAACUUUCAGUGAACUACCCCCUACUCUCAUUCAAUUUCCAGUGAACUACCCCCUACAAAAGAUCAUUACUGUAUUACAGUAUUCAAGUCCACUGAAACAUCUUAAAAUAAAAGCAUUCUUUUGACAGUA